AAGAGAAGGAAGGGGAGAGCUAAAUCAUAUCUGGUGCGACACGUUUUAAAUAUUUAAGACCAAAACUUUAAAUAAUAUGCAUGUAUGUUUUAAAGUUGAAUGGUUUAAACGUGGGAAUCGGACACGCAGCGAUUAAAAUGAAAAGCCAUUGAGAUGAAAAGUAGAGUUAUGGAGGACACCCCCGCGCGGUGUAAGAGUGGUUCAGUCCAGUGGUGGAAUUCCGAGAAGUGAGAGCUGAGCCUUCAGAGAAGUUCAGAUUCCAGGAACAGCCGAGGGACUGAUUUCUAAGAAAAACGCACCAGCAGAGUGUUAGCAUGAGCAGCACAGCGGACGGCUGCGUCCAGUUCAUACGGCACGCAGGUGACGUGCUGUUCAACUUCAACCGCCUGCGCAGCCGGAACAUCCUCACCGACGUCACGGUGAGGGUCGGGGGCCGAGAGUUUCACGCACACAAGACCGUCCUCAUGGCCUGCAGUGGCUUCUUCUACACCGUCUUCAUCAACGCACACAAAACCGACCCCGCGGUGGUUAGCUUGGACGCUAAGGCUGACCCUGACGGCUUCGCCAUCCUGCUGGAGUUCAUGUACACUUCCUGCCUGACCCUAAAAGAGCGCUUCAUCAUGGCCACGCUCAACACGGCCAUUUACCUGCAGAUGGAGCACAUGGUGGAGACCUGCCAGCGCUUCAUGGAGUCCAGGGGUUUGAGCGUGAAGCAGCCGCGAGAGGAACCACCAGCUGGCUCCACCCACUUACCUCAGGACAUGACUGUUGACCUCCGUGACGUCUCUCCUCCUACAAUGCACUACGCAGUCAGCACUCCCCGCCUUCCUCCUCUACCUUUUCCGAUGGGCUCCGUCUCAAACGCCAAGCUGCUUUCCUGGGAAAUUCCGAAAGACUGCCGAGCCGUAACUCGCGGGCCGUGUUCCAACCCGGGAGGAAGUCGAGGCAAGCGUUCGAGUAUGGACCCUGAUGUCCGGAGUGCGAAGGUGGAGGAAGCUGAGGUAGAGAACUCUUCUCACGUGGUCACUCCUCGCAGCCCUCUGAAGUCGGACUGCCAGCCGAAUUCCCCGGCCGAGUCGAGCGGCUGCAGUCGAGAAGCCACGACUCCUCCAAAAGUGCGCAACUGGAAGAAGUACAAGUUCAUCGUGCUCAACUCUGCUGAAGGAGACGAGAAUCCGCUCCGGAAUUCGAACCGAGCCCUGGAGAAAUGCAGCGAGACAGCGAGGAAGCAGACGCCUGUCUCCAUGUCCACCCACGCCGCGAGACAUGAGAGCAAGGCCGAGACAAAGACCGAGAGCACUGAUCUGACCUGCGGUGAGUGGGACAAAAUGGAGAACGACUCGGAGAACCAUCAGUGUCUCCAUGAUGGCAAACUGUACGACUGUGAUGUCCUCAGAACCUCCUUCACCUCCAACCACAACCUCACUAACCACAAAUCUGUCUCUCCAGGUGAGAAGCCGUACCGCUGUGGUGUGUGUAGCGCUCAGUUCAACCGACCGGCCAACCUGAAGACUCACCUGCGCAUCCACUCGGGCGAGAAACCGUACAAGUGCGAGACGUGUGGCUCCGCCUUCGUCCAGGUGGCUCACCUGCGUGCUCACGUGCUGAUCCACACCGGCGAGAAACCGUACUGCUGCUCCGUGUGUAACACGCGCUUCCGCCAUCUACAGACGCUCAAGAGUCACCUGCGCAUCCACACCGGAGAAAAACCCUACCAUUGUGAGACGUGCGAUCUACGUUUUAGGCACAAGAGUCAGCUCCGUCUGCACUUGAGACAGAAACACGGCGCUGUGACCAACAUCAAGACCUCUAACCGCUGAAACACAGACGCAGCAAUUUUUUAUCUCUCUCUCACUCACACACACACACACACGCUAAUACAGUGGUACGUAUACUGUGGGGUUUAAAUGUCUUGAGUCUACUAAUGACUCAUCACAAAACUAACAUCAGAUUACAAUUCACGAUAUCUGUAUAUAAUGACUGUUGUGAAAUACUCUGUUCUGAUUGGUCAGUUGUGGUAUCCAGGGGUGUGUUUAUUUCUAAAUCUGAGCCGUUCACUGUAUAUAAGAAAUUUCGUUCAUAUCGGCUCCCUGUUGAUUUAAACGCAAACGUUUCUUUAACACUGGAGUGCAGAUGAGCGCUGACUUUAGCUAGCCAAUUCUGUGCAAAAAUAAAAUAUAUACGCAUAUAUAUAUAUAUAUAUAUAUAUAUAUAUAUAUAUAUAUAUAUGAGAGAGAGAGAGCACUUAUCAGUAUUAUGUGUUAGUUAACAUGUUGGAUAAGUGGUUGGUAGUGCACUCACACUCUUUACAGUCGUAUGUGUAAAGGUUCCGGAUGUUUUAUGUAUUAUAUGACGUGUUUUUAUGAUGUUAUAAAGUACACUUAUUUUUGCACUUGCUGAAUGUGGUACAUACGAGGUACUAUAAAAUUUACAUAAAAAAAUCCCCAAAAAAUGUAUUUAUAGAUGUUUUGUAGCUUUUCUGUACAGUAUUUUGAUAUAAAAAAAUAAGUGGAGAUGGGUGUUGUAAUAAAGUUUUUAAAAUAAAAA